UAGAAGUACUUGAAAAGUAACUAUUACGCGGACAAUAUUAACUCAGGCAGCGCAAAACCAACAACCGAGUUGUCGUCAUAAAAAUUCAAACUUUUAAAAAUUAUGAAAAGGAAGAUAUGCUUAUCGUGAUUGUUAGAUAUUAGAGUAAAAUGCGAUUAAGGAUGAUUUAUUUUCUCAGAUUACAGAGGAAAAUUGAGAAAUUACUCCUAUAAAAUCCUCAAGCCUUUGUGUACAGAACCAACAGGUGAAAGGUUUAUACUCGUUACUUAGCUUUUCGAAGACCUCGCUAUUUUAUCUAUCCUACUGUCAGAAAUAGUAAAUAUUUGUGUAAAGUAAAAAAGGAAACAAAAUUAUCACUUAAAAGUAUAUCCAAUAAAGGAUUAAAAUUAAAGAGGCCUAGGAAGUAGAUUCCGGUGUAUUCUAGUAGCACAUUUCGAGAUUAUCUACCCACUUUUCAGCAGAAGAACGGAUCAACUUUUGCUCGAAUUCAGUUGCAAUUGAAAAUUCUAUCGCUUUGUUAAGACUCAUUCCAAAUGAAAAUAACUGGAUUGGACAGCAGACAUAGCUGGAUUGUGGCCGUGGCCAGCUCCAUCAUAUUCACCUUCGUGACAUGCCCCAUGAGAUUGGGAUCACAGCUUUUUGUCUCCAUUUUGGAUCGUUACGGCGCUGACAGGAAUGCAGCAUCUUUUCCAUUCGCUCUCGCCUAUUGCGCAAGAAGUUUGUCAGGUCCGUUUGCAGGAUAUUUUGGCGAGAAGUUAGGACUGCAGAGAGUGACACAGAUUGGUUGCUUAUUAUGUGCAAUAGGCAUUGGAGGGUGCUUCUUUGCAGAGAGCAUCAUUAUCAUUGAUAUCUGUUUUGGCUUAAUUUUUGGAUUUGGUUUAGGAUGGGCCACUGCUGUUGUCCCUGAGAUCAUCAAUCAACACUUCGACAGGCACAGAGCAAAGGGACAAGGAAUUGUCUUUGGUGGGAGCGGCUUGGGUUCCUCUUUAUUUCCUCCUCUUUUGGAAUUAGUACUGUUGCAUUUCGGGACAUCCGGAACUUUCCUAAUCAUAUCCGCCAUCAUACUUAACAGCAUACCAGUGACUAUGUUGUUAAAUAAACCCAAGCCUGAGAAGUCAGAAUCACUGAAACCUUCAUCAGCGGGUGAAUCGAAUUUGAAAACAAAACAAUCAAGCGUGUGCCAUGCGAUUGAAAAGGAAAAAGAAUCUAAUUUAAAGCUGAAAUUUGAUUCACGGAAAUUCGAAUUUUAUAAUAAACUUGCGAACGAUGUUUCAGAUGUUAAAUCGACUGAUGUGUCAGAAUUUCAACUCCAUCCUGAUUCUAUCUUCUCAUUUGUACCAAGUUCCCUUUCUGAUCAAAAUACUUUAAACUCUACUCCAGUACGUUUGUUGUCCUAUACAAGUACCGAGCCUUUGGAAUUCCGAAGAUGGCAGAAAAACAUAUUAGAAAGACAUUCCAAGCAAAUGGACACUGAUGUGCUCAAUAAUCAAAACUUAAAAAAUCAGAAGCAAACAUCUUCAGUUAUCAAUACGCAAGUGCUUAAGGACCAAGUGCAUACGCCUGCAGUGUUAAAUUGCAGUGUCUUGAACGAUCAAAUUUACUAUAUAAACAAUAAAUUUAGAACUAUUACUACAAAUAGUAAGAAACCCACUUCGCAAGAAUCAAGUAAUUCCAUUAGUGUUCUAUGGAAUCCCGUGUUUUUGCUCAUAACCCUGAUUCAAAGCUUGCAUUUCUACGUCAUGUAUAUGUUUCUAACCAUUACCAUAGACAUUGUUCGAGACAAGGGCGUCGAACGCGAUCACGAGGUAUAUUUCGUGAUGGCUCUGUCGUUUUUCGAUACAAUUGGACGCUUUCUCUUAGCUUCUGUUACCGAUCAUGGAUACAUAACUGUCGCCAACUUUAGUGCCAUUUGUUUCGCCCUAAUAGGACUAAUGUGCCUAAUGCUUGUUUUUGUGUCGGGGUUUUCGGCUACUUUAACUGCCAUCUGCUUACUCGGACUUAUUUUGGGUGGCAAUACAACAAGUCUUCCCGGAACCUUGAAUGAGUUUAUUGAGAAGAAGAAUCGAGCGAUGGCAAUGGCAUCCAGGCUCUUGCUGUAUGCACCAAUGAGCUUCACGAUGUCACCCUUAAUAGGUAUCUUCAGAGAAGGUAUGGGUUCAUAUGAUGGACUGCUCUACAUGAUGCUGGGCAUGUCUAUGCUGUGUAGCAUUCUUCUACAGUUCAUGUCGCGUUUCAUUAGGCGCAGAGGCAGAGAAGAACGCUGCGAACAGAGAUGAUCUUCACUCAUUCUACAUCUGACGAUGUGGAAUCGAAAAUCUACACCUGAAAUCAUCUUUAAGACUUAUUCAACACCAUGAAUAAUCUAUUUCACAUUUUUACUAAUUCUACAUCUGACCUUGGUACUCCAUAUCAUUAUUUAUUAGACUCGUAUGUUUUCAUAACGCUGGCAUCAUUAUAUGUUGACAUGAUGACAAAAUGUGUUUUCUGGAAUGAAGCUGCACUUCAGUAGCGAAUUUAGAAGGUCAUUUUAAAUUACAGUAUUUCAUAGCCAUUUUAAGUAAAGAAUUUUUCAGUAUAGAACUUUACAGGCCACUUUACAUUACAGAAUUUUACAUCCGAUUCAAGCGGAGAAUCGUUUAAAAAAAUUGACAGGACAUUUUACUUCAUAGGAUUAUAGCCAUUACAAGCAAAGACUUUUUCACCAAAGAUUUUGGCAGAUCAUUUUACUUUACAGUAUUUUAGUAACUUCAAGUGAAAAAAUUCUCAUCACAGAAUUUGACAAGUCAUUUUACAUUACGGAAUUUUGCAGCUAUUUCAAGUAGAGAAUUGUUCAGUAGAAAACUUGUCAGGCCAUUUUAUUUAAUUGAGUUUUACAACUAUUUCAAGUAGAGGAUUGUUCAGUAGAAAACUUGACAGGCCAUUUUAUUUAAUUGAGUUUUACAACUAUUUCAAGUAGAGAAUUGUUCAGUAGAAAACUUGACAGGCCAUUUUAUUUAAAUGAAUUUUACAACUAUUUCAAGUAGAGAAUUGUUCAGUAGAAAACUGGACAGGCCAUUUUACCUUACUGAAUUUUAUAAAUUUUGAGUGCAAAUUUUUUCAAGAGAGAACUUGAUAGGCCCUUUUGAAUUGCGAAAUUGUGCAGCCAUUUCAAGUAGAGAACUGUUCAGUAGAAAGCUUGGCAGGUCAUUUUACUUCGUAGAAUUUUACAGCCAUUUCAAGGAAAACUUUCUCAGUAGAGAAUUUGAGUGGCCAUUUCACUUUACAGAAUUUUAAUAAUUUCAAGCGCAAAAUUUCUCAGUAGAGAAUUUGGUAAGGCAUUUUAAGAAGAGACUUGUCCAGUAGAAAACUUUACUGGCUAUUUUAUUUUACAAAACUUUAGUCAUUUUGCGUGCAAAAUUUUUCAGUAGAGAGCUUGAUAGACCAUUUUGCAUAUUUUCAGUGCCAAGUACAUAAAAUUUAUUGUUAUAAUGUUAUUCAUACUUUUCAUGGGAAUGUACUAUAUGUCACUUACUUAAUUUUUAUAAUGUUAUUCAUACUUUUCAUGGGAAUGUACAAUAUGUCACUUACUCAAUAAAACCUUUGUGUCAAAACUGUCUCUUUCUGUACUGCGCAACACGAUGAAUUUGAAUUAAAAUUAUCUGAUCAACUUAAUAAAAUAAUGAAGCCUACAAAGAAGGAUACAGCUAAGUAAGUUACUUGCCUGUUAAGCUUAAAUAGCUAAUAAUGCUUUUACCUGCUUCAACGUCAGUUGAGAUAGUUAUGUUGCUUGCAUGGCUUGAAUAUAGAAAAAAAAGUAAAAUGUAUUAAAAAACCCAUAUAAAAUGUUCAGAAUUACAAGGCUACGGAGGUGAACAUUAGUAGUAAGCACAAAACUUGUGUCGGCUGUGUAACGACGGUAAAUAAAAGAUAAAAUUACUAAGCAA